AUGCCUCGCUACGAACUGGCCCUGAUCCUGAAGGCGAUGCAGCGGCCGGAGAUAUCGGCUGCUCUCCGGCGGACAGUUGAGACUUUGAUGGAGCGGGGCGCGGUGGUAAGGGACCUGGAGAACCUGGGGGAGAGACUGCUGCCCUACAGGAUAACCAAACACAAUCAGAAGCACAGCCGAGGGGCUUACUUUCUGGUCGAUUUCUACGGAGCCCCCAGCAUCCUCACAGGCUUACUGGAUCAUCUGCAUCGUGAUGUGGACGUGGUGAGGCCCACUGUGCUGAAGAAGGACGACCAGGUUUCCAGCACUAACUGCUGUGGCCCCCAACACUGA